UCCCGCUUCUCGAUAACCAUCGGAACUGUCUCUAUCCCACAUGUUACCUUUACGAAAUCCCUCUUUCUCACCACUAAAUAAUUUGCUUGUACUCGCGUCGACCUUUCCUUGCCGCCACUGUGGAGAAAUUUGAUUUUUUUUUUCCUUGUCACCCCAAACAUCAUGCCCUGCCGGAUUCAAGUGGGUAUAACUUACCACUCGUACACCUUCUCAUCACUCGCAUCACCCUUGUUUUCGGUUCAACUGGGCACGUUUGAUGGCGAGCGAUGGCAAGGCAACUUUGCGUGUACGCCGAAUGAUCCAAAAUUCAGUACGUUAUUACCACCGGCCGGGGCCACUAGGUCCGAUCUUACCGCUAGAACUCUUUGUCCGCUUGUUACGCUUUCUCUUCACAAGCAGGCGUCGACGACACCAAGCAUGCCGAACCUUCCUAAUUGCGAUUUGAUGAGGAGCAUGACGUGCGAGCAUAGAGCGGAUGCUUUAGGAUACUCGCCUUCCGCAUUGAAGAGGCCGUUGUUCGCAUUGGACCAAAUAAUGGUCCUUGCGUUGGGUCUGAACGCAACACAAAUGGUUUUUGUUAUCUGGAGUUCCAAAGCUGUCCAGGAGGAACAGAAGAUAAUGACGACAGCACCGCCAAAGAACAUCGCAGCUCUUGGUUGUCUAACCGUGACAUCGCUGGUGGCAUGUAAUCCUUACCCAACGCUAUCCAGGGUUUCCCGCGCGAUGGCGCAAUUCAAUUAUCGUGAAAUAUGUAAUAUACAAGAAUUCAUGCGUUCUAUCCCUCUAUCGAGCUAUCCUACCAUAACUUAA